UGCGCGCCGCUCCCCAAUGGAAAAGGAGAGCUGCCUUCACAGGCCCAGGAGUUGGUUUCACCUCCACGAAUAAUAGCAUGGCGGGGGCGGGGAUAGCCUAUCACGUGCUGCGGGACGGAACGGGGCGGGGCAGGCUACUGGUUGCGGAGUGAGCGGCGCGCGGUGCGCAGGCGCCCUGGGGACCCGGUAGCGGCGGCGGCGGUGGCUGCGGUGACGGUGGCGGCGGCGGCAGCGGCGAAGGGAGCCGGAUCGCUGACCCGGGCGGGAGGCGGCGGUGGCGGCCAUGGCGGCGGAUGGAGAGCGUUCCCCGCUGCUGUCUGAGCCCAUCGACGGUGGCGCUGGUGGCAACGGUUUAGUGGGGCCAGGCGGGAGUGGGGCCGGGCCCGGGGGAGGCCUGACCCCCACCGCACCACCAUACGGAGCCGGUAAACAUGCCCCGCCCCAGGCAUUUCCUCCAUUCCCCGAGGGGCAUCCAGCCGUGUUGCCUGGGGAGGACCCACCCCCCUACUCACCCUUGACCAGCCCAGACAGUGGAAGUGCCCCCAUGAUCACCUGCCGAGUCUGCCAGUCUCUCAUCAACGUGGAAGGCAAGAUGCAUCAGCAUGUAGUCAAAUGUGGUGUCUGCAAUGAAGCCACUCCAAUCAAGAAUGCACCUCAAGGGAAAAAAUAUGUUCGAUGCCCCUGUAACUGUCUCCUUAUCUGCAAAGUGACUUCCCAGAGGAUUGCCUGCCCUCGGCCCUACUGCAAAAGAAUCAUCAACCUGGGGCCUGUGCAUCCAGGACCUCUGAGUCCAGAACCACAACCUGUCGGUGUCAGGGUCAUCUGUGGACAUUGCAAGAAUACUUUUCUGUGGACAGAGUUCACAGACCGUACCUUGGCACGUUGCCCUCACUGCAGGAAAGUGUCGUCUAUUGGGCGCAGAUACCCACGAAAGAGAUGUAUCUGCUGCUUCUUGCUUGGCUUGCUCUUAGCAGUCACUGCCACUGGCCUUGCUUUUGGCACAUGGAAGCAUGCACGGCGAUAUGGAGGCAUCUAUGCAGGCUGGGCAUUUGUUAUCCUCUUGGCUGUGCUCUGUUUGGGCCGGGCCCUCUAUUGGGCCUGUAUGAAGGUCAGCCACCCUGUCCAGAAUUUCUCCUGAGCCUGAUGACCCACAGACUGUGCCUGGCCCCUCCCUGGUGGGGACAGUGACACUACAAAGGGAGCUGGGGUAAAAGGCUCCCUGGGCUUCAGUAAGGAAGCCAAGCAGCUGCCUUCCUUUUCCCUGGGGAGAGGUAGGAAGGAACCAGCCCUCACAUAGGUUGGAGUGGUAGAUAAGACCACUGCUGACCAUCUGCUUUCCUCCAAGGGUUGCUGCUUAGGGUGAAAUAGGCAAAAUGUUGCCCCUAAACCCGGGUCCUGAAGACGGUUCUAGCCUUGUCCUUCCUGUAUGCUCCCUGAGAGCCAUUCCUGUCCCUUACACAUUCCAGGGCAGGGUGGGGGUGGGUAGCCCUGGGGGUUCCCCUGCCUCUUGUGCUCCAUUAGGACUUUGCUGCUGCUAUUGCACUUCACCAGGGUUUGGCUCUGGCCUCAGAACCCUCCAGUCUCCUCUCCCCACAUUGUGUGUCCUGUGGGGGUGGGGGUCAGCCGCUGCUCUGUACAGAACCACAGGAACUGAUAUGUAUAUAACUAUUUAAUGCGGGGUAUGUUCCCCUAGUCUUGUAUUUCCCUUAAUUCCUCCUUCCAACUUUAAUUACCCCCCACCAGUUUCAAUAUUGAACUGGGCUGGGUAGGGUUGCUCUGUUUUGGGGGAGGUUAGGGACUCAUCCUGUGCUUGUAAAUAAAUAAGGUAAUGACUCUAUCCUU